AACCGUUUGAAAGUGCGGUCGGACGUCAGUUGGUGUGUCACGUGCCCUUCAGUCCGCCGGAAGGAGCUCCAGCUGAACAGACCAUCGUGUGAAGUUCAGAAACGGAGAAUUUGAAUCAUGGCUGCCCAGGUGGCCGAGUCCGACCAGAUCAAACAGUUUAAGGAGUUUUUGGGGACGUAUAACAAGGUGACGGAGAACUGCUUCAUGGACUGUGUCAAAGAUUUCACCACCAGGGAGGUCAAGACUGAGGAGUCGAGCUGCUCCGAGUCGUGUCUGCAGAAGUAUCUGAAGAUGACUCAGCGGAUCUCGAUGCGGUUCCAGGAGUACCACAUCCAGCAGAACGAGGCGCUGGCCGCUAAAGCCGGGUUGCUGGGACAACCGCGCUGAACCGGACCGGACCGGACCAGAGAUGUUCUGACACAGAGACCAGCAUGUGAAGAGCAACGGUACCGGCGGGUACUGGACUUUAUGCACCGGUCUGAUACUUAGUUUAUCUUGAAAGAAAAUCUACUUUAAAGUGCCCAUAUUAUGAAAGAAAUCCCUUUUUCUGGUGAUUUGGGGUGUUAUUUUGUGU